GUUAUUCUUGUUUGAUUUGUAUCACUGCCAAGUUCAAUUCAACAGAUUUGUCAAAAAGUAUACAAAAAUUUAUAAAAAGAAAAUUUAAAUUUUAUUUAAUCGAACCAACGAAAGAAAACAAAAAUGAUUUGCUUACGGGAACUCAGUUUUAUUGUCGCCAUUGUGUUGACGGUAUUGUGUUGUGUGGAAAGUGGAUAUGUUACCGAUGGAUUAGCACCUGUUGUUGCCGAUGGAUUUAAUGGUGACAGUGUCGUUGCAUUGGAGGACCAUCAUCGGGAAAAGCGUAGUGAUAACACCGGAUAUUUAGAUCGAGUGGCAAAAUAUUUGACGGAAAAUUUGAACGUUGAAUUCGAUCGACUUGUUAAUAAAACAAUGACCGAAGUUUAUGGUGGAAAUGAUAAAUUCGAGGCCCGUAAGAAAGACAAAGGUGGACUCAGCGCCGUUUUACUUGCCGCCAUCAUGAUGAAGAAAAUGUUGGCCGCAAUUGGUAUCGGUGCUGUGGGUGUCCUGGCUGCCAAAGCAUUGGGUGUAGCUACCAUGGCUCUGGUGUUAACAGCAAUUAUCGGUUUGAAAAAACUUACCGAAUCUGAUCACAAAAGUGAGCCAGAAGUGCAUUACGUAAAAGCGCACCAAAGCGAUUACCAUCACCGAAGAAGGCGAGAUGUUGACGAGAAUGCAUAUCUGAAGAAUCAUGAUAUUGUUUACCAAAGAUAUCAGAAAAUGUUUGCUUGAUGGGGUGUGGAGGGAAAAGAAAAUGAAAACAGAAAAAAGCGAUUAGGGUGACCAAACGAGAGAAAAAAAUCGUUUCGGUUCUUUAGUUUGUAGAUUCCUAAUAAUUUAUUUAAUUUAUUCUAUUUAUUUAGCUGCUUAGAAUCGAAUGAAAUUGUAAUGGUGCAAUGAUGAUGCGCUGAAUUGAAAUUUUAAUUCAAAAUCAUUUUUUUUAAUAAAA